GCCAACAUCAACUCCACAAAUUCGACGAGGACGGCAGCUGUCAUUUUGUUUUUAUUUUUAAAUUUUUCUUUCGUGUUCGAAUUUCUCAUUUUGACGCCGCCGCGCGCGUGUGACUAGUUGAACGCGAAGAGCCCCCCCCAAAAAAACUAAAAAAAAAAAAAAAAAAAAAACAACUUGGUUGACAGGCUCAGGAGGAGGAAAAGGAGGAGGCGGCAGCGCUCACCGAAACCUUCGAGCCCUCGAAAGGAACAAUCGCUCUCACAUUUUCUCUUCCGAAAGCGACGAGGGAGGACGGAGGGGGUCGGGAAAAAGGUCGAACUCUUGACGCUUGUGGACUUUGAGUCGCCGAUCCGCGUCGCGUUCGAGCGCACAGAUCCGAAAAAGCUGCGAGUGCCAAAUGGGGGAGCAGCCAAUCUACACCACCAGGGCCCAUGUCUUCCAAAUUGACCCAACCACCAAGAAGAACUGGGUCCCUGCCAGCAAGCAGGCUGUCACAGUCUCCUAUUUUUAUGACAGCACACGCCACAGCUACCGCAUCAUCAGCGUGGAUGGAUCGAAGGUUAUCAUCAACAGCACCAUCACCCCCAACAUGAUGUUCACAAAGACGUCGCAGAAAUUCGGCCAGUGGGCGGACAGCAGGGCCAACACCGUGUUCGGUUUGGGCUUCAGCUCGGAGCAGCAGCUCGCCAAGUUUGCCGAGAAGUUCCAGGAAGUCAAAGAUGCGGCCAAAAUGGCAAGAGACAAAUCUCAGGAGAAGGCGGAAGUGCUGAGCAAUCACUCCCAGGAGUCCGGACGCGAAACGCCGUCGACCAACCAGGCUUCGAGCAUCAACGGCACCGACGAUGAGAAGAUCUUUCAUGUCGGUCCGGAGGCUGUCGUGUUGAAGAAUGAGAACGAUCUCCUCAAGAGUACCGUAGAACAGAGCAACGCCAACGCCAAAAAGUGGGAAACGGAGCUGCAGACGUUGCGGGAGAAUAACGCCAGGCUGGUGGAUGCGCUGCAGGAGUCCUCGGCCAACGUCGAGAGCUGGAAGAAACAGCUCGGCGCCUGCAAGGAAGAGAGCGACGCGCUCAGGGAGAAGAUUGCCGAGCUGGAGGUGCAGUGCAACGAGGCCAGUCAGGAGAAGCAGAGAAACGCCCAGCUGAGGGUCCGCGUGCAGGAGUUGGAAGCCGAGCUGCACGAGAAAGAGCAGGAGCUGGGAAAUUUACGGAAGCAGGCAGAGAUAAUCCCUCAACUCAUGGCGGAGUGUGAGAGCGUCACUUCCAAACUGCAGACCGCAGAGACAAAGAACAGAGACCUGGAGGGCCGGAUCGACAUCCUUCACAUGGACGUGGACGACAGUCGUCAGAAGCAGGGCAACAUCAAGGGCGAGCUGAAGAAGCUCACGGACACGCUGGACAUCAAGCUGGACGAGCUGCACGAGUUCCGGCGGGGGCUUUCCCGCCUGGGCGUGGACAACUGAGCUCCCCCGCCGGCGUUUAAACGCCGUUUACGUCUUGGCGCCCGCUUUCCCCAUCUUCAAAAAGUCCACUCGGAGACAAUAUGGCGGCGCUCGGAGGAGGGAGCGCUCGAGUUUGGAGAUUGUGGGGGAGGGAUGGGACUGGUGGUGGUGGUGGUGGUUCUGCUUUAAGGGCUACAAGUAACAACACAAAAGAAAUGCUGCCCGGUGUCACUCAAUUAAUAAUCGGUGUUAUUGUGAAAUCCCCCCCAGGUGUGUCACUUUGUACUUGCAAGACGCACACUCGCCACAGAAAUGGCAGUGACAAUAAGUGCCUCCAGGGGGAGGCUUUUCGGGAUGAGCCCCCACUGGUGAGGAGAAACGUCCCCACACGAAAACCGGCGGCGUUCACGGAGGGAAACGGGUCAAAGCCGGACCCGUGUCGAAAGUUGCUCGAUCGGUUCUUGCGUGUCCUUCACGGCAAGCCGCAAAGCCGCAGGUCCACCUACGACUAUGCCUUGAAAAGUGUAUUUGCUAUCAAAAGAUAUGGGGUAAAAUGGUACUGAGAGUAGUAGUGCAACUUCCCCACUAGUAGUCCUUUGGUAAAAAGCCUUCGUGCAGACGGGUACAACCGCGUCCUCAAGUUAUCCAAAAUGAAUCCAAGUCAGUUUCUCAAUAGUGUUUUGGGUCUACUUGUGCUUCCUUCCACUUAUUUUUUUGUUCGGUUUCGGGGCGAGUUGAACGUACUGCUGCGACACGGGCAGAUAAUGUGAACGGCGCUACUACUCGUACUACUUGCGGCUUUUUGCGUAUUUCUUCGGGUGCCUCACUCCUUGUUGCGUUCCCGGUAUGAGUAAAGUCAAUCAAUGCGAUGAACAAGAAUAUACACGGAAUACAGUACACCAAACCUUCUGGCUUUGAACAUUUUUAUCGGAACUACUUUGUACAACAAUCUAUUUUUAAAUAUUUCCACAAGAAAAAAAAAAACCCUGUACUUGUAUAUCUGUCUUAAAAUUGGGAUUUAUUAUUCUACGUCCAGCCGAGACAAAUGAAAAGCACUUUCUUUUGACACUUGUAAACACCUGAUGGCGCUGUGGCUUCUCUUCCUUGUGCAAUAUAACUUGAUUGCUAAAAUUUAGUUUGAUUACAAGCCUGUGUUUCUAUUUUUUUUCCCUUGGUUAUUUAUACAGUGAUUCAUGUACAAUAGGAGCUAUAAAAAAAGUUAUGUACUGUGCAAAAAAUUGUAUAAGAAAAAGCUAGAAAAAAAAACAAAAAAUCCCCAAAGUCCAUUGGGACGGCAAAUGUGUGGAAAGAGGCCACAUUAGAGCGCCUCGUUGUUUGUCAUGAGUGUGCGCAGGUAACUGGUAAUGUGGGAGGGCGAGGUUAAGAUCUGACGUGACGGGCGACGCGUGGAAAAUCCCCGACAUUGAUUAAUUUGAG